GACAAUAAUAUAUAAUAUAGUUAACGAAUACACGAUUAAAACAGUAUAAUUGUAUAAUUGCACGUUUUACUGUUUCAGUUUUUUGUCUAACUAUUAAACUAUAAACAGCAAUCAAAAUAUUAUAGAUAAUCAUAUUAUUUUACUUUAUAUUAUCUACGGUUUACGGUUGGCUACGAAGUUAUGUUCCAUUUAUAACUUUGAUUAUUACUUGGUUUUUAGUAAUAUUUAACCAGUGGGCUACGCAGAAUUGUAUGCGAAAUGACAAAUAUUAUUACCAAUCAUACAAACUAUAUGAUUUAUUACUAUUUAAAUUUUAUAUACUAGUUCAUAUUUUUGAUACAUCAGGUUAUUUUGAAUAUAUCGACAGUUAGUUUAUCUGCAAAAAUGCUGGUCAUAAAGAAUAGUCUACUAGCUAACUUUGAAUUCGAAGACUUGAAAAAUCAAUAUAAUAAAAGUUAGUUUCCAAACGCUUAUAAACUUUUUCAAGUGGUAAUGACAAUUCCAAUUUCUUCUUUAACGUGUGAACGCUCCUUUUCAGCUAUGCGUAGAUUUAAAAAUUGGUUACGCACUAGUAUAGACCAAGAAAGAUUUAUUAAGCUAUUUACACUUAGCAUUGAGAGAGAUCUUACCAAUAAAAUAGAUGGGAAUAUUAUAUUGAAAAAUUUGCAUUAUCAAACAAGAAAUUAAUUCUUGUUUAAUAUAUUAUUAUAACUUAUAAUAUAAUUACUUUUAAAUAUUCAUUAAUAAAAAUUAAAAAUUAUGGCAACGCAGUUGAUUAUAGUAUUAGGGGGUGUAGGGGGUAAAGCCCCCCCACGGACCUGUGUAUUUUAAAUUAUUCCAGCAUCCCCUGUGUGUACGCGAAACCUCAAUGGUCGGACAGAGGUAAUCCGACGGCUUCGCCACACUCGAAAUAAACCCGACUACAACGUCAAUCCGUAAAAAAGGAAUGAGGGACAGAGGUAGCCUCAAAUUAAGUCAAGGACAUAAAUUAUGAUACCGUUAAUUUAUAUUAAAAUAAAUAUCCCAUAAUAAUAACAAAAAUAAUAAUUACACACUUGAUGGGCGCCCAAGAAUUAAAAUACUCAAAUGAACAUAUAAAUUAUCAAUUAUACGAAUAAUAAUAAUAAUAAUUAUAAUAAAGAUAUGAAUAAAAGAAUUAACAAUAAUUAUUGUGAACAAUACACGAGUUAGGUCACGGUACGUGUCACCGGUUUCGAUCAUAAAUACCUCGAUCGGUCUUAUGGUCUGUGUGGUUGCGCCCACGCGACCGUGCACACAGCACGUGCGACAGCCAUCAAGACCGACAGAUGUUGACGACUUCGGAAGCUCACUGGACGCGACCAACCUCGACGACGAUGACACUGCCGAUGGCUUGAAUGGCGAUGUGGAAAGGACAAGCCACGCACACGAAGAUGACGGACCACGGCAAAAGGGAUAAUACGCUCGGCGGUGAUACGCACGACGGUAACAUGCACGACGGCAAAGGAAAAGUCACACACCCGGCGGUAACAUGCACGACGGCAAAGGAAAAGUCACACACCCGGCGGUAACAUGCACGACGGCAAAAGAAAAGUCACACACCCGGUGGGAAUGCGCACCACCAGCUCGCUCGGUUGCAAGUGUCGCCCCGGAGCGUGAUGCCAGCGCGACGAAGCGCGCCGACCGCAAGUUCGCGAACAUUCCAUAAUUGGCACGCUAUCGGGGGGAACCGGUUGUCGUGGCCAGACACAAGUACAAUAGCUUAUUCGAACAUCCUGAAUUCACACACAAUGUGCGCCUAUGAUUAUAGAUUAGAUAAUAUCUAUAUUAUUAUCUAUAGCCGUGGUGGUGGUGGUAUAUAUAUGGAGUAUAUAUGGAGUUAGGUAUAGGCAAUAUUUAAAAAAUGCGUGACUUGUGACCACGGAUAUUGAUAAUAAUAUAAUAUUAAUUAUUAUUAUAUUAUAUUAAUAUUUUUAACAAUUUGGAUUCAGAAGGAAUAUGGGAACGAGGGAAGCAAUAUUGGCGUUAAGGAUAAUCAUUCAAAAAAUGAUUAGGAAAGACAAACAAACAUUUAUAGCUUUCGUUGAUAUUGAAAGAGCAUUUGAUAACGUAAACUAGAAGGUCAUGUUUAAAAUGAUGAAAAUAUUGGGGAUAAAAUACACAGAUAGGAAACUUCUGUACAACCUAUACAAGGAUGAAUUCGCAGUUAUAAGGAUCCAAGAUGAGGAAGAAGAAGUAAAAAUAAACAGAAGAGUUAGACAAGGUUGUACAUUAUCCUCAAUUAUAUUCAACGCAUAUAUUCAAGAAGCAAUAGAUAUGAUAAAGGAAAAUGGCAAACUUGGGAUAAAGAUUAAUGGACAAAAAAUAAGUAUGUGACGUUUUGCCGAUGACAUAGCUUUAAUUGCUGAGAGCAAGGAAGAUCUGGCUCAACUAAUUAAUGCUAUAGAUAAAACAUUCGAAAAAGAGCUGGAAUUGAGAAUAAAUAUGAAGAAAACAAAAGUACUGGUAUGUGAAAGGGAAAAUAAUACAAAAAUACAGAUAAAAGUACGAAAUCAAACAAUAGAACAAGUAGAUGAAUUUACAUACCUGGGAAGCACAAUCAGCAAGGAUGGAAGAAACAGAAGUGAAAUUAUAAAACGUAUCUGUCAAGCUAAAAUAGCCUUUAACAAAAAGAAAACUAUAUUUACAUCAAGAAGCAUCAGUCUGAAAAUAAGAAAGAACCUAUUAAAGACGUAUGUAUGGAGCAUUGCCCUGUACGGGUGUGAAACCUGGACAAUAACAAUGGAGGAAAAAAGAAGACUUGAGGCGUUUGAAAUGUGGUGCUAUAGAAGGAUGUUAAGGAUAAGCUGGAUGGACAGAGUAACCCACGUAGAAGUACCGGAAAGAUUAUCAGAUGGAAAGUUACUAUGGAAUAACAUAGUCAGAAGGCGGAACGAAUAAAUAGGCUAUAUCAUGAGACACGAAGGAUUGUUGAAAUUGAUAAUAGAAGGAAUAAUAGAAGGAAAUAACCGUAGGGGUAGACCAAGAUUGGAAUUCAUUCAACAGAUAAUAAAGGACCAAGGAUGUGACUCAUAUGUGGAAAUGAAAAGGAAGGCGGAUAAGAGAGAAGACUGGAAGAUGGCUGCAAACCAAUCUACGGAUUGAAACCAUAGAGAGAGAGAUAUUAAUAUUUAUAUAAUAAGAUAAUAUAUAAUAACAAUAUUAUCUAUAUACCUGUGCUUGUGACCAUGUGCGCAGUGAAUGGUUAUUAGUAUGUGUACGUGUCCCGCACUAUACUACACCAUGUACUUUAUACCUGUUUUACUUCUUAUCUGCUAAUUGACAAAUAACUACCAAAAUGUAUAGUUAUACACAAUAAUAAUCAUUACGUAUAAAAUAACAAUACGCACAUAAUGUUCUGCCUUCUACAUUAUGUCUUAUGAUCGUUCAUCGUCUAUUCUUCAUUAUUUCUAUAACACUAUUUUUACAUAUCUUUACUCAUCAACAUUUUGUUAUUUUUCAAUUUCACUGAUUUAAUCUUUAAAAAUUUGAAAAUUUAUUUAUUAUAAAAAUACGAGUUUUCUGUUUUAAAGUAUAAUGAAUUAAAUAUUAAAUAAUAAACGCAUUUAGCAUAGCCACAUUUAAUGUUUGAUACCCAGUGGUGCCGAAGUCCAUGUUUAUGUAUGGCAGCUGCCAUAUAUAUAAACAUUUGUGGGGGGGGGGGUGACUCCAGAGGAAAAUAAAAUGAUGACAAUUAAUAGAAAUAGGAUCACAAAUUAUUAAGUAGUAUUGCCCACUGCGAGUAUUUGGUAUUACAUAUACAUUAUUUCGUUGAUCAAUCAACACCAAAUAGUUCAUAAUAAUACGAUCUUAUUCUAAGUCUUAUUCAUUAAGCAGAAAUAAAAUAUUUUGUAUUCAUUGUAUGCUUUUUGGAACCAAUUUGCAUAGUAAUUUAGAAAAAUCUUGGACCAAAGAAGGGCUUAAUAAAUGGAAAAAUUGUUCAUUUGCUAUUCAAAGACAUGAAUCAACUCCAGAUCAUGUAACAUCAUCUUUAAAAUGUAAGUUACGUCAAAACAAUGUGCCAAUUUUGCCUUCAAUUGAAAAUAAUAGAAAAACUCAGAUAGCAAUGAAUAGACAAGUUUUAUUAGAGCUUAUAGACAUUGUAAUAUACAUGGAACGUCAUAACCUGGCAUUUCGUGGGCAUUAUGAGGAUUGGUCUUCAAAUUCUCGAGGUAAUUUUAAGGACUUGGUUAUGUUAAUGUCUAAAAAUUCCGGACCAUUAGCGGAAUACAUUAACUGUAUUCAACAAAAUGGAAAACGUGAAACAUCUUUUAUUUCAUGGCAAAGACAAAAUCAGUUGAUUGAAGCUAUUGCCGAAGAUAUUUAAUUUCAAAUAAGAUAAUUUAUUAAAGCUGUAAGAAUGUUUAGCAUAUCGAUUGAUACUACAUUUGAUGCAUCUCGUAAUGAACAAAUAUCAUUUAUUAUACGAUAUGCUGUUUUUUAUAUUAGAAGUGACUGGUGAGGUUCAUGAAAGACUAUUAGCAGUAAAGGAAUCACCAAUUACAUCUGGAAAAAAAUUAUAUGACAUUUUUGUAAAUGUAAUGGAAGCUGAAAAUUUGAAUUGGAAAGAAGAGCUGGUUGGUCAGUCAUAUGAUGGAGCUAGUAACAUGCGUGGUAACUAUUAUGGCCUCCAAGUUCAUAUUAAAGAAGAAAGCCCACAAGCAUUAUUUGUGUGGUGUCACUCCCAUCGUUUGGCUUUGGUAGUAAAACAAGCAGUAUCGUGUAACUCCAACGCAGUUGAUUUAUUUGGCAAUUUAGAAACUCUCUAUGUUUUUCUUUGGUGUUCAAAGAAAAGAGCAGCGAUUUUCAGAGAAAUUCAAAUUGAAUGUGAUAAUAUGGAAGGUAAAUAUAAUCCAUUGCAUGCUGUUAAGAGAGUAAGUACAACAUGUUGGAGUUCUCAUGCGGCAGCAUUACAUGUAGUUUAAAAUUCCACAAUGCAGUUUUAAAAACAUUAAAUAAAAUUAAAGAUUCUGAAAGAUCUGCUGAUGUAGUAGUUGGUGCGAGUUGUAGUGGUUUGAUAUCAUACCUUACAUCCCAACGUUUUCUUCUAACAGCAUUAUUAUUCAAAACUAUAUUUCAAAUACUUGAACCUGUCACCCACCAAUUGCAGUCCCAAGAUAUGGAUAUGCUUAUGGCCACAAAUAUUUUAAAUAAUGUGAUUCAUCAAAUCAAAGAACUUAGAAAUGAUGAUUCGUUUAAAAGAUUACUAAAAAGGACUGAUGAGUUUGCUGAAAAUAGUAUUGUUGACUUUUUACCUCUUGUAUCUAGUCGACCCAAACGUGUUCCAAGAAAAUCAGGUGAACACUGUCAGGAUGAAAUUAUAUCAUGCCCCAUGACAAAAUUUAGAAUUGAUACAUACAAUGUCAUAAUGGAUAUUCUUUUAGCAGAGUUAAGUGGACGUUUUGAAAGCACCAAUAUAGGGCCUCUAAAAGACUUAUCCCUUCUUUCAUUUAGACGUAUUCGAGAAGUUCAAAAUAAUUCACACAUUGUACCUUGUGAUGCCUUUGACGCUUUGUGUACCAUCUACUCACAAAUCGAUAAAAACUCAUUAUUGACAGAAUAUAUUGAAUUUUGUAAAAGUU